GUCAAGCUACUGGCAAGUGAACAUGAAACACGUGGAUGGGAACCUAAAACAGUAAAAAUUAUUCCUUCCUUAACUGGGGGAGAAUGAAUCAGUGCUUUCGGGGUUAAAGUGAAGGAAAAAUUCCACUGUGAAUAGAACUAUUUAAAGGUGAAGCCUUUGACCGUUUUAAGUGGAUAAUAUUCGUUUCGUUUAAAUAGAACAUAGUAUAGGCUUCGGCUUCUCUGCUCUGCUUGAACAGUGAAUGCAGAGGAAGAUUUGGGUCCCACAAGAAAGCAAAGAACCUGCCGUUGAUGUAUCAGCAUUGCAAGUCAGGAAUAUAGGCUCUCUCUUUAUAAUCCCAACUUCUGCACACCAAGUGCUCGACAAACUGCCAGGCGGCCGCUUCCUUUAUAGACUCCAAGCUGAGUGACAUUCAGAGCAGGCGGAGAGAUGAGAAAGUGGGUGAUCGACAUCAAUGAUAAACUCAACAACCACCGCAAUGGUCAAAGCCAAGAAGAGCCGUGCAGGAGGAAGCGGUCCAUCUACAAGAUCCCUCCCCUCAUCUCCGACCACAAAAAGAAAGCCUAUCAGCCCCAAGUGGUGUCGUUCGGGCCUUACCAUUACGGGGAGCCUCAUUUGAAGCCCAUGGAGGAUCACAAGCUACGUGCUCUCCUCCAUGUCCUCAAUAAAUCGCAGGUGUCUCUGGACACAAUCUUUGACUCCAUUGUCAAAGUGGCGCAAGAGCUCAAGGAUUCGUAUGACUCGCUCGAGCGCGAGUGGCAAGACAAUACUGAAAAAUUUGUACAAUUAAUGAUCAUGGAUGGGUGUUUCAUGCUUGAAUUGCUACGUGUUGCAUACCAGCCUAAUAAUUAUUAUUCCAACUAUGAUCCCGUCUUUAGUCAAUAUGGGGAUGUCUAUGUCAUGCCGUUUAUCAUGGUCGACAUGUUGUUGCUAGAAAAUCAAUUGUCAAUGUUACUUCUGCUCAAGCUCAAAGGUAUCUUAGAAAAAACUGAGCUUGACAUUAAUAUUGAAGCAUUGAAUAUGGACAUACUCUGGCUUCUCAACUACGAUAUUAGAGAUGACAAGUACUCAAAGAUGGGUGAAUGUUUGCACGUGCUUGACCUCCACCGCAAGGGCCUACUCCACAGAAAUGCAGCCCCUCAAUCACCAAAUCAAAGAGCCCCCCAAUCUCCAAAUCAAGGAAAAUGUGACUACCCAAUAUUGAUGGGCAAAUAUUUGCUCAAGCUUGACCUCUGCUACAAGUACCUACUCCACACACACAACAAACCCAGAGAUGCAGCCGCUCAAUCUCCAAAUCAAGGAGAAGGAAAAAACAAGGGCGUUGGCCACCGCGUCGUCCGCCCAGCCACAGAGCUCCAUGAGGCUGGCAUCUGCUUCAUGAAAAGCGAAAGCAAAAGUCUCCGAGACAUCACCUUCGACGAUGGCUUCUUGAAACUUCCCAAUUUCACAGUUGAUGACCGUACCGAAUCAAUGUUCUUGAAUCUCUUAGCCUUCGAGCGCUGCCACAUCCCCGCUGGCAGCGACGUCACUUCAUUCGUCGCGUUCAUGGACCGUAUCAUCGAAGAUAGUCGGGAUAUUAAACUUUUAAGCUCGAAAGGGAUUAUCAACAACUUCAUUGGGACCGACAAGGAGGCAGCCGAUUUGUUCAACACAAUGUCCAAGGAUUUGGUCUUGAUGAUCGGCAACCUUGACCAGGUGUACACGAAUCUCAUCAACUACUCCAAUAAGCGUUCGAAUAAAUGGCGCGCCAGCCUAAUUCAAAUUUAUUUUAGAAGCCCGUGGACAAUUAUUUCUGUUAUCGCAGCUUUCCUUCUCUUUUCUCUUACCGGAGUGCAAACUAUCUUCACCAUCCUAAAUUAAUUUGAGAUGUUAAUUGUAAAAUUUUAAUGACAUUUAUAUAAAACCUAAUUGAGGUAAA